AUGAAGUCUAGUUCUAUGGGACACAGAUCAAUAAGGAUAUCUAAUUAUAUGUUUAGGCCUUUCUCAAUAUCAUCGACAAUCAGAAACAAGAAUCCGAUUAGCGACUAUGAACAGGUUUCCAACGAUAUAUACCAGAAUCAGUCAACAGGAUUGUAUCUUACAAGACCUAAGAGGAUAGUCGUGGCAAUAACUGGGGCUACAGGUAUUGCAAUCGGUGUAAGGGUAUUGGAAUUAUUAAAGCAAUGUAAAGUUGAGACACAUUUAAUUAUGUCCAAAUGGGGUAUGGCAACAAUGAAAUAUGAAACAGAUUAUCAUAUGGACGACAUAAUGGCACUUGCGUCAAAGGUGUACACUGCCAGAGACGUGAGUGCGCCGAUUUCGUCAGGAUCUUUCCAACACGAUGGUAUGAUUGUCGUGCCAUGUUCGAUGAAGACAUUGGCUGGGAUUAGGAUGGGAUUCACAGAGGAUCUUAUCGUAAGGGCCGCUGAUGUUACAUUGAAGGAAAGAAGAAAGUUAUUAUUAGUUACCAGAGAAACACCGUUAUCUGACAUACAUUUGGAUAAUAUGUUAUAUUUAUCAAGAAUGGGGACAAUUAUCUUCCCCCCAGUACCUGCAUUUUAUACAAAACCUAGAACGGUAGAGGAUAUCAUAGAACAAAGUAGUGGAAGGGUAUUGGAUUGUUUUGGGAUUGAUACAAAUACUUUCCCACGUUGGGAAGGUGUUAAAGAUACAAAAACACUUAAAUAG